CGUCCUGAGGCAAUUCCCCUUGUACUUCCUUACUGGUUCACUGGAUUUCUUCCAAUCGUUUUGGUUUGUUCUUUGAAGUGACAAUGGCAACGAGCGACUCCAUUCGUGUCAAGCAGGAACUCGUUGAUAGCAGCUUCUGUGCGCCAGUGGGAAAACGUGGAGAACCCGACGAGUGGAUAACUAGUGACUGUCCAGAAGAAGAAGAAACAAUGGCAGCAAGGAGUGUUUCCAUCAGUAUCAAGGAAGAACCUCGGGACACCACAUUUAGCAUUCUACCAGGAAGCCAGGACAGCAACAACGGCUCAGAUGGCAAGAUGUCUGCCACAAGUGCUCAGUCAUGCGACUCACCCUCGGCGGCGCAGACGUCGCAGCGUAAGGUUCGAAAGUGUUUUCGUAUCAACGAAGACGUGCGCCUGCUUCAAGAAGUCGUGUCGUCACGUCCGUUUGAGCGCCCGGACAAGUGGGACGUCGUUUUGAGGAACGUUGAACGUGCCGUAAAGCGCAAGUUGACGAUGAGGGGGAUCAAGGAUCGCGUUGACCUCCUCAUCGGUUACUUUCGACAGCAGGACGGGGUGACCCUAAGGAAGUAAGUCG